CCUUUUAAACCUGCAAGCCAAACCCGGAAGUUUUUAACGUUCGCAUUUAGCGGAACUUGCGUCAGACAUUUUGUCGUCAUCACGUCAAAUUCCGUCCCUGCACCGUACAGCUGGCAAAACAAUUAGCACAAUUCAAGUAUUUUACAUCAAAGUACAACGAGCACCAGAAUCAAGGUUUAGGCAACAACAGCUCGAUAUUUUUGCCGUUUAAGUUUCUGCUUAGUUCUGUCCGCUUCAGUGCAAAACAAUGUCGGCGUCACAAGGAAGCAAAAACCCGAAUACGGAACCAUGGGGAGGAUUUGAUGACAACAUUAUUCAGGGCAGUGGCUCUGCAGUGAUAGACAUGGAGAAUAUGGAUGACACCUCUGGAUCAAGCUUUGAGGAUAUGGGUGACAUGCAUCAGCGUAUGAAGGAGGAGGAGGAGGUGACAGCCGAGGCAGCAGCUACAGAGGACAACGGAGAAGAUGGAGACUUCCUCGGCAUGAAGGGCUUGAAGGGACAGUUGGGAAGACAGGUCGCCGAUGAGGUAUGGCAGGCAGGAAAGCGUCAGGCUUCUAAAGCCUUUAACCUUUAUGCCAACAUUGACAUCCUCCGGCCGUACUUUGAUGUGGAGCCUAUUCAAGUGAGAGACAGGUUGAUUGAAUCCUUGAUCCCAGUCCGAAUGAUCAACUUUCCACAGAAAGUUGCUGGGGAACUGUAUGGUCCAAUGAUGCUGGUGUUCACUCUGGUGGCCAUUCUUCUGCAUGGCAUGAAGACAUCGGGAACUGUCAUUAGAGAGGGCACACUGAUGGGCACUGCCAUUGGAACCUGUUUCGGUUACUGGAUGGGAGUGUCCUCUUUUAUCUACUUCCUUGCUUACCUGUGCAAUGCUCAGAUUACCAUGCUGCAGAUGUUGUCUUUGCUAGGUUAUGGUCUCUUUAGCCACUGUGUGGUCCUGUUCAUCACCUACAACGUCCACUUUCACUCGCUCUUCUACAUUCUCUGGUUGGUGAUUGGAGGAAUCUCUGCUCUCCGGAUGGUGGCUGUACUGAUCUCCCGUACUGUUGGUCAGACUCCUCGUCUCAUCUUGUGUGGCACGCUGGCUGCUCUGCACAUGCUCUUUCUGCUCUACCUGCACUUUGCGUACCAUAAGAUGGUUGAAGGUAUUCUGGAUACCUUGGAAGGACCCAACAUUCCACCUAUGCAGAGAGUGGCCAGAGAUGUUCCCAUUGUUGCAAAUACUGUUCUAAAUGCCACCAUCAAAUCAAUAGCUGCAGUUGUACAGACACAGUGAUUAUGUAUUUGGUUUCUUGGUUGGUCACACAGGCCAGUGAGGCUAGUGUACAUAAAGAGCAGGACAAGACAAAAUCAUGGGGCUGUCUCCAUCGAGCACUUUAGGUAUGAACUCAGUAUAAGGAAAGUAAUACGAGAAUCAAACAGUCAAACUGAACUGAAGGGAUGCUUUUAUGUCAAGAUGGCUUAACUUUAAGCUUCAUAUCACAAGAGUUUUGACACAAUAUCCCAUUCACUUUACAAUUGUCUUAAUCAUUUUUAUGUGAAUGGUUACAAUACCUAUGGCCUGCUAAUGUUGGAAUGGUUUAUUGAGAUUAUGAAUCUGCUGAAAGUGAAUGGUGACUGAGACUAGCAUUUUGAGAAAAGAAGGUCAGACAGGUUUGGGAGGGUGAACUGUCCCUUUAAAUGCAGCUGUGGGAUUGUGCUCAGUGAGAAUACACUUACAUUAACAGCUUUGAUGCCUUCAUUUAGCCUUUUUAACUGAUUGUCCUCACAAAAGGUGUAAUUACAGAGAUGGUGAAAGUUGUCACACUUGUUCUAUUUUAAGAUCUCUUUGGUAAAAACAAGUUUCAAGCCAAGGAAACAAAUUAGUGUCAGGUAAAUUAUUAAUGCAUGCAGAUUGAGACAAUGUUAAUCUUUUAACUCAUAUUGUUUUCUCAUAUGAUUAGAAAGCUUCAUGUCAACAUUGAAACUGCAAUGAAUAGCUCACCCACAAAUGUGAACUCAUAAUUUAAUCAGCAUGUGAUACCAGAUUUGUAUGAUUUUUCUUUCUUCUGAACACAAAUGAAAACUUUUAGAAGAAUAUUUCAGCUCUGUUGUUCAAUGCAAGUGAAUGGUGACCAAAACUUUGAAGCUCCAAAAAGAACAUAAUGGCACAAUAAAAGUAAUCC